GCUCAAGUCAUCCGCCGCUUACUGAUGUUGUCUGGAGAUGUAGAGACUACUCCGGGUCCUGUUACCUCAAGCGAAAUCCUAAGCGAAUCGCAGAAGCUGUCUGCAGGUCAAACUAAACUCAUCGAGGAGGUAAAGGGCCUAAAAAGUCAGCUGCAGAUAACCGAUAGGACCAUAUCGGACCUAGGCAGGCGGAUGACUGACCUGGAGGGUCAUUACCAAGGCCUUUCCACGCUACGUGCUGAGGUGGAGGCCACGGUGACCAGGGCCGUCCACGCGGCUCGUCAGGUCUCUUACCUUGAGGCCCGUGUGGACGACACUGAAAAUCGAUCCCGACGAAAGAAUCUAAUAUUUUAUGGUGUGCCCGAUCCCUCACCUACAGAGACUUUUGCCCAGUCCGAACAAAGAAUCAUUCGCCUUUGCUCUGAACUUUUUGAUGUAACAUUAGACUCGAAAGAAAUAGAACGUGCCCACCGCCUCGGGCGUCUUUCGGUCGAGCGUCCACGACCAAUAAUAGUGAACUUCUCCUUUUUCCAAACUAAAGAAGCCAUCCUUUCGAAUGGCCGUAAACUAAAAGGUACUAACUUCAGCAUGGGCGAAGAUAUUUCCCGCUCAGUUCGCAACGCACGGAAACACCUCCUUGCCUUUGCUAGAAGCAAAUCUGCUCCCUUUUCUUUGCGCUACAAAACACUGCUCAUCGGCUCAAAACGUUACCUUUUCGAUGAAUCAUGCCAAUCAGUCAAAGAAAUCUCAUAGCAAUCGCACCGUCAACAGAAAAUUACAACACGCCCCCAACGUGCCCCUCGAACUAAUCUUUCUUUUUCG